UUUAGUGAGAAAGCGAUUUUUUUUUUAACAAACAGAGCUUAUAUUUAUUUCUGUUCCAUAAAUAAUUAAAAGAGGGUAGAAAAAUCUGCCCGUCAUUUAAAAAUUGAAUGUUUCACUAUGUAUUUAAAAAGCGAUUCAGGAUUAGGAGGCUGGAUAACCAUUCCGGCUGUAGCUGAUGUUCUCAAAUAUUCUUGCAUUGUUUGCUGGUCUUCUAGGGAAAAGAAUAAUGUGGAACAGGACCUUAAGGAGAAAGAAGAUACUCUUAAACAGAGGACAAGCGAGGUUCAGGAUCUUCAAGAUGAAGUCCAAAGGGAGAGUACUAAUCUGCAAAAUCUCCAGGCCCAGAAACAACAAGUACAGGAACUCCUCGAUGGGCUGGAUGAGCAGAAAGCCCAGCUGGAGGAACAACUCCAGGAAGUCAGAAAGAAAUGCUCUGAGGAGGCCCAGCUGAUCUCAUCCUUGAAAGCUGAGUUAACUAGUCAAGAAUCGCAGAUCUCCACUUAUGAAGAAGAGCUGGCCAAAGCUAGGGAAGAGCUGAGUCGCCUACAGCAAGAAACAGCAGAAUUGGAGGAGAGUGUGGAGUCAGGGAAGGCCCAGCUGGGACCUCUUCAGCAGCACCUGCAAGAUUCACAGCAGGAACUUAGUUCAAUACAAAUGAAAUUGAUGGAAAUGAAAGAGCUGGAAAACCAUAGUAAUCCAUUAAAUUGGCGCAGUAGCCCACAUGGCAUUCUUGUGAAUGGCACCACAGAUUAUUGUAGCCUCAGCACCAGCAGCAGUGAAACAGCCAACCUGAAUGAACACGCUGAAGGCCAGAGCAACCUAGAGUCGGAGCCCAUACACCAGGAGUCUCCAGUAAGAAGUAGUCCUGAAAUACUGCCUUGUGGUGUGACUGAUGAAAUCGAAGUGGUGACUGCAGCUGUCAAUGAAAAAGUUUGUCCUGAAUUUAACAGUGACAGACUUUCAAAAGAGGAAGACCCAUUUACUGUAGAAUCAAGUUCCCUGACAGAUCCAGUUACAGAUACAAACUUGGAUUUUUUUCAGUCUGAUCCUUUUGUUGGCAGUGAUCCUUUCAAGGAUGAUCCUUUCGGGAAAAUUGAUCCAUUUGGAGGUGAUCCUUUCAAAGGUUCAGAUCCAUUUGCCUCUGACUGUUUCUUCAAACAAUCUUCUGCUGAUCCCUUUGUCACUUCUAGUACUGACCCUUUCAGUGCAGCCAGCAAUAGCAGUACUACAUCGGUAGAAACAUUGAAACACAAUGAUCCUUUUGCUCCUGGUGGAACAGUUGUUGUUGCAGCUAGUGAUUCAGCCACAGACCCCUUUGCUUCUGUUUUUGGAAAUGAAUCAUUUGAAGAUGGAUUUGCUGACUUCAGCACAUUGUCAAAGGCUAACAAUGAAGAUCCUUUCAGUUCAGCCACACUGAACUCCGCCAGCAAUGUGGUCCUUACAAAAAACGUGCUGGAGGAAGCACCAGUCACAAGUGAAGAUGUACCCCCAGCACUGCCACCGAAGAUCGGAACUCCAACAAGACCCUGCCCACCACCACCUGGGAAAAGACCCAUCAACAAAUUGGAUUCUUCCGAUCCCUUUAAACUGAAUGAUCCAUUUCAGCCUUUCCCAGGCAAUGAUAGCCCCAAAGAAAAAGAUCCUGAUAUGUUUUGCGAUCCAUUUACUACUACUACCACUACCAAUAAAGAGGCUGACCCAAGCAAUUUUGCUAACUUCAGUGCUUAUCCCUCUGAGGAAGAUAUGAUCGAAUGGGCCAAGAGGGAAAGUGAGCGAGAGGAAGAGCAGAGGCUUGCCCGACUGAAUCAGCAAGAGCAAGAAGACUUAGAACUGGCUAUUGCACUCAGCAAAUCGGAGAUUUCAGAAGCAUGAGGAAUUCUCCUGUCCCUUGUCAACCAUACAGUACUCUUCUCCCUGAAUACUGAAGCUCUUUACAGUGUAUAUCGAAACUACCUAUGAGCAUAGGUUUGAGAUUCCUGUAAAUGUGACAAAAGUGUAUUUGUCUUUUUAAAAUUCAUUUCAGAUUUGUCUUCUCCCCACCCUAGAAAAGCAGUAACCCAGUCAGACAGCUUCACCUAGGUCCUUGUUCUCGUGUGCAUUUACUGUGCGCUUUUGCCUGCCUCUGCUACUCUCACUUGUGAAGCUAGAGCACCUAAGCUUCUGCCUUCUAGGAUAUAGAGAAAUAGCUUCACCCCUGUGCUACCCUUGUUCUGAAGUUACUCUGAUGAUAGCCAGUGGGGUUCUUAAAAUUUGCAGUAUUCUCCUCUAGUUUUAAUGGGUGAGGGAGGGGAAGGGAAAAACAUCCUAUUUAUGAUAGUGCAGAUUGGCUAGUUUAAAGUGCAUGUUUGUGUUUCCAUAGAAUCAAAAGACUGUUUAAUUUGUUUUUUAUAGACAAGGAAAAAUAUUUUGCAUAAAUUGACUCCACUAUUGAAAAGGGGAUGCUUUAGAUUGAACCGUCACAGCUUGAGACACAAUCUUUUCCUAAAUAAAAACAUUAAAGCCUCAUGUGUGAAACAUAUUAAAUUUUUUUUCUGAAUUUAAAGAAUUUCAGAUAGAAAGAUACCUCUCCAUACUUUUAAGUGCUAAACAGUGGAGAAAAUUUAUCAUCUAAAAUAUACCCAUCAGUAUAAGGCAAGCAAAAAUCGUAACAUGGCAGUCAUUCUGCCGGGCUGUGGCACUGUCCUCUUUAGUUCAUGGCAGGUUUAUUUUUGUACUUUUGCAGAAGAAACUUUAGCAAGCUAGAACUGGAAGGUACUUUAAUUUUUUGUAUGUAUAUUUUUUUUCCUUUAAUGAAGGCUCAGUUACUUGAAAUGUAAAAACUUUCACUGAAUACAAAUGAAAAAGUGGCAUGUAUUAAAUCAAAUUGCUCAUUUUUGUGGUUUAAAGCAGUUUAUUCUCUUCAUGUUUUUGACUAUGAAAAUGGCAGGCUAGCAAAAAAAGGAAAAGUCUUGUUUUUAUAAUUGGGAGAGAAGAGACCUGCCAACUUAUUAGAGCUCUUCGUGUGUUAAAAGCCCAUCUCUUGUGAAACUGACCUAGCAUACAAGGUAAAUUUGAAAUAGACUGUGAAGUGGGCUAUAAAUUUUAAUUGUAAUUUUUUCUCAACAUCAGUUACUGACUUAGGUAAUGUAUUCAAUACCUAUUUACCAAGAUAAAGAAAGAUGCAUCUAAAAAUAAAUUUAAAGUCUCUCUGGUUACCAAGUUAAAGUGAUAGUGAUCUGUGAUAAUCAGAGUAACAUUGCUUAGCCUAUGAAUAAAUUCUAAAAUAUCCAAUUCAUUUCAUCUUGAAAUGGUGCUUUUUUUCCCCUCCACACACAAUUGGACUGCUGUAGUUUAAAACAAACUCAAACCACUUUCUUGCACUGCUUUUUUCUACUUUUGUAAAUUGAAACAGCAUAAAAAGCAUACAUAUGAAGCAAGGGCUGAAUCAUAAUCACCAGGUUUAAUUUUGAUAAACUGAUACAGUGACUGAGGAUAUAUACAAAAGUUGACUGAGAAGGUGGUGUUGGGAGUUGAGUGUUGGGAGUGGUUUUGGGUAUUUUUCUUCCCCUUACACUUCAGGAAAAAGGUAAGUUGACUUGAACAACCUUCUUUUGCACUGGGAAAAUGAACAGAUGUUUGAAAAAUAUUUUUCUUAAUUAAAAAAAAACACUCUGAAAAAUAUUAACUCUCUGUAACUUAUAAACACCACCUUUUGAUGUAAUAAGUGUACCCUAAUCUUAUGUAUGUUUAACUGGAUUACACAGAUUCUUACCUUUUGUUAAAAUGUGUAUACUCAGUGGACCAUUAUUAUAUUAAACUAUGUAUAUAUUAUAUAAAUAUAAAUAUAUAUCUCUAUCUUUACACUCACCUGUGUAGGAUGAAUGUCGUAGAGUCAUUUUUGAUUAUAUUUUACACUGUUGACUCUGGCUCCACAGCCUGUGCUUGAAAAGGACAGAUAAGUAUCCUGAGAGCAAGUGGCACCACUUCCAAAGUGUUAACCAUCUUCUACGGACUUGUUCACGUUUCUCUCUUAAUAGAAUUUUCUCUUAUGUUUCAAACUUCUAAAUUGUAGCCUGUAACUAUGAGAACAAUAAACUUUAAGUAAUAAUAAAACAAUCCAUACAUCUUA